AUGUCUCUCUCUGGUAAAGUGACUCUCAUCACCGGUGGCGGGAAGAACCUGGGGGCAGCGAUCGCAAGCCUCUUUGCCCCCGAAGGAUCCCAUCUGGCGUUGCACUACAAUUCUGCUUCAUCCAAGAAAGCGACCGAGUCACUUGCAGCCCAACUCUCGUCAAAACACGGCAACAUCACGGUGAAGGCAUAUCAGGGCGACCUCACGAAGCCGUCGAACGUGUCAGCGUUGUUCGACGCUGUUCACAAGGAUUUUGAUGGAAAGCUGGAUAUCGUCAUCAACACGGUCGGCAUGGUGCUCAAGAAGCCUUUCACCGAGAUAUCGGAACAGGAAUACGACCAAAUGUUCGCAGUCAAUUCAAAAUCCGCCUUCUUCAUAACCCAAGAAGCCGCCAAACGUGUCGGUGACGGCGGCAAGAUUAUCAACACCGUCACAAGUCUACUGGCCGCUUAUACUCCGUUGUAUACGAGCUAUCAGGGGUCAAAGGCCGGGGUGGAGUAUUUCACAAAAGGCCUCAGCAAGGAAUUGAUGCCCAAGAGGAUUAGUGUCAACGCCGUGGCACCUGGCCCAAUGGACACUCCAUUCUUCUACGGCCAAGAGUCUCCCGAGGCCGUGGAAUUCCACAAGUCCAAUGCCAUUGGCGGCCGCUUGACUCUGGUAGAUGACAUUGCGCCGAUUUAUAAAUUCCUCUGCACAGAGGGAGCAUGGAUCAAUGGCCAGACACUCUUCGCCAAUGGUGGUUACACGAGCCGAUGA